AUGGAAGCGGGCCAUAUCAUAGAAAUACAAUAUCUCGAAUGGCUUGCUAACGUUGUCAUGGUGAAAAAGGCUAGUGGAAAGUGGAGGAUGUGUGUGGACUUCACAAACUUAAACACAACAUGCCCGAAGGAUUCAUACCCCUUACCAAACAUAGAUGCGUUGGUAGACAGAGCUUCUGGAUGCGGAUUACUCAGCUUUAUGGAUGCGUAUUCAGGGUACAAUCAGAUAAGGAUGCACCCUGAGGACGAAGACAAAACCGCUUUUAUGGGAUCGAAAGCAAAUUUUUGUUAUCAGGUGAUGCCUUUUGGCCUAAAGAAUGCAUGGACGACGUAUCAGAGGAUGAUGGAUAGAAUUCUACAACCGAUGUUGGGAAGAAAUGUAGAGGCCUGUGUAGAUGACAUGGUAGUCACCUCCGCCAACAUAAAGGAUCACACAAGAGAUCUCCAGGAAUUAUUCGACACCAUCAACAAACAUCAGCUAAGGCUGAAUCCUGAAAAUUGUGUUUUUGGGGUCAAAGCAGGUAAAUUCUUGGGUUUUAUGUUGACUGAAAGGGGGAUAGAAGCAAACCCCGACAAAUGCAUGGCAAUCAUAAAUAUGAAGAGUCCCAAAUGCGUACGCGAGGUGCAACAGCUCACAAGUCGGAUGGCCACUCUAACCCGAUUUUUAGCAAAAAGUGGCAAAAAAGGACACUUAUUCUUUCAAUGUUUGAAGAAGAAUGAGAAAUUUCAAUGGACGUCAGAAUGCAAACAAGCCUUCUUUGAGUUAAAGGAAUAUCUAAGCCGACCUCUUGUGCUUACCAGACCUGUGUUAGGUUUCCCGUUACAGUUGUAUUUAAUUGUGACUGAACAAGCGAUAAGCUCGGUACUGAUACAAGAAAAAGAAGGGGUGCAGCGACCGGUAUACUUCGUGAGCAGAUUGUUACAUGGCGCGGAAAAAUGGUACCCGAUUCUAGAGAAAGCAGCUCUCAUAAUAGUGGUCACUGCAAGAAAGCUUAGGCCUUACUUCCAGCGCUUCAGUGUCAUUACUAAGACUGAUCUUCCUGUUAAACAAGUUUUAAAGAAGCUGGACAUGACAGGUCGUAUGGUGAAAUGGGCCAUGGAGCUUGCAGAGUAUGACGUCUCAUACGAACCCCGGGGCCCUAUUAAAGCACAAGCCUUGGCCGACUUCGUUGCCGAGUUAACUCUGCCACCGUCCACAAACGAGGUUGUCAAACUCGGCCCGACAAAUGAAACUCCUGCAAAAUGGUUGUUAUCUGUGGAUGGUGCUUCAAAUCAAAGAGGAAGUGGGGCUGGCAUAGUUCUGGAAGGCCCAGGGGGCAUCCUUAUCGAGCAAUCCCUCAAAUUUUCCUUCAAGGCUAGCAACAACCAAGCUGAAUAUGAGGCUUUAGCCGCUGGAAUGUUACUAGCUAAGGAAAUGGGAGUAAAACAUCUUACAGCUAGGAGUGAUUCUCUAUUGGCCACUGGACAAGUGAAAGGUGACUUCGCUGCUAAAAAUCCUCAACUGGCGCGAUACUUAGAUUACAUCACAACGUUAUCAAAGGCCUUUAUCACCUUCGAGUUAAUCCAUGUACCCUGCCAAGAAAACAAUCGAGCAGAUUUACUCUUUAAACUCGCUAGUUGCACAAAGCCGGGACAACAAAGGUCGGUCAUAAAGGAGACGUUGAUAGCCCUACGAAUCGAUAUAUGUGGACAAACUGCAAUGAUGGCAAUAGAACAGAGGGCAGAAAAUAGCAAAGUUUAUAUGGAGAAACAUUUGGAACACCCUCAGACCAAUGGGCAAGCGGAAGCAGCAAAUAAAGUCAUUUUAAGAGCACUUAAAAGGAGGAUAUUAACUGUGAAGACAUCCUGGCCUGACGAGCUCCCUCGAAUCCUUUGGGCAUAUCACAUAACCCAUCAAUCGACGACACAAGAAACCCCUUUCAGCCUAGUCUAUGAAACUGAUGCCCUCCUCCCUGUAGAAAUUGGUCAUCCAGCAAGUGAGUCUUCUGGCUUGAUACGAAGCAACGACGAGCAAGGCCUCAGAGCCAACUUAGAUGCCUUGGAGGAGGUCCGCGAAUUAGCGAGGAUAACAAGUGAAGCGGCAAAGAGACGGAUAGAGAGACGAUACAAAACCAAAGUCAGACCCCGGGAUUUUAAGGUAAAUGACUUGGUCCUCAGACGAGCUCAUGCAAUUGAAAUAAUAGAUAAACUCUCACCUAAAUAG